CGAGUGUUGGAGCCUGCAGACAGGGCUCGUCCGCCGCGCCGAGCACAUCUCUCCACUAUGAGACCCAAGGUAGCGGUGUUGGUGUUGGUGGCGGCGGUGGCAUGGGUGGCCCAGGCGGCUGUGGCCACCACGGCAGAUGACACAGAGGUGCCAGUAGCCACCAAAGCAGACACAGAGGUGCCAGUGGCCAUCGAAGCAGACGACACAGAGGUGACAGUGGCCACCAAGGCAGAUGAAACAAAUGCAACAGAGGCCACCGAAGCAGACAAAUCCGAGACGGCGGGAGAGUCCCCGGAGGAGGAAGAGACGAAACGAGACAAGAGGCAGUUCUUCCCAUUCUUUUACCCUUCGUGGGAGGGGCCUGCUCCAUACUGGAGCGACCCCCGUGCUUUCUGGCCCAGUCGAGGAUUUAGUGGAAGGUUCCGCGGAGAUCUGGCAUCGGCUCCUUCUGAACCUUCUGCCCGACUUCCUGAUAUUGUGGACACAUCGCCUAAUUCUCCAGUCAGCCUUUCCAGGCCUGGUCAAUACGCUCCUGGAUGGAACCUACGAGAUUUCUACCAGUAUUACUACCCACACCGCCCUUACUCUUUCCCAGUACCUUACUAUGCCCCCCGCUUCCAAUACGGCCAAAUACAGUCACCUUAUGAUUGUAUAUAUCCAUUUCCCCAUCGACAUUCCCCCGAGACAUCAGCGCCAUUCCAAAGAGGGCAGCUGGAUACUUUGGGAAGCGGGCAAGCACAGCCUGGUCCUUCAGGAGUCAACAGUGGCAUACAGGGCCCACCUCUGAGCUCUGGUUUCCCCUCAGAUUUCUCUUCCACACAAUUACAGCCACAGACAAUUCCAGGGAACAUUAGAGACUCAAGUGCAGCUCCUUCUUUACCAGGCUCAUUCCAGGGUCAGUCUCCUGGAACUGGAUUUGACACCAGUAGCUUCCCAGCUAGUGGCCGCCCUGAUCCGGGAAGCCAGUUUGGGGGAGGAGGAAGUACCUUCGCCACCAGCCUUCCUGGUGCAUCAAUAGGCGGGCAAAGCCCUCCAUUUGGCGGAGGCGUCGUGGGAGCUGGUAGCAGUGCACCUGGAGUAGAAGGCAGUCAAUUUGGUGGAAGUGGUUUCUUUGGAGGAAGUGGUUCAUUUGGUGGAGAAAGUGGUUCAUUUGGUGGAGGAGGCAGUUCAUUUGGAGGAAAUGGAAGCCCAGUUGGUGGUGGCAUAGGAGCAGGUGCCGGCGGAAUUGGUGGAGAAGGCAGUCAAUUUGGUGGUGGAAGUGGUUUCUUUGGAGGAAGUGAUUCAUUUGGUGGAGGAGGCAGUUCAUUUGGUGGAAAUGGAAGCCCAGUUGGUGGAGACGUAAGUGGUAGUGGCAUAGGAGCAGAUACCGGCGGAAUUGGUGGAGAAGGCAGUCAAUUUGGUGGAGGACCUGGUUCCUUUGGUGGAGGAAGUGGUGUUUCUGGUGGAGACACCAGUCAAUUUGGUGGAGGACCUGGUUCUUUUGGUGGAGGAAGUGGAGUUUCUGGUGGAGACGCCAGUCAAUUUAGUGGAGGAGCUGGUUCCUUUGGUGGAGGAAGUGGAGUUUCUGGUGGAGACACCAGUCAAUUUAGUGGAGGAGCUGGUUCCUUUGGUGGAGGAAGUGGUUUCUUUGGAGGAAGUGGUUCAUUUGGAGGAAAUGGAAGCCCAGUUGGCGGAGACAUAAGUGGUGGUGGCAUAGGAGCAGGUGCCGGCGGAAUAGGUGGAGAAGGCAGUCAAUUUGGUGGAGGACCUGGUUCCUUUGGUGGAGGAAGUGGUUUCUUUGGAGGAAGUGGUUCAUUUGGAGGAAAUGGAAGCCCAGUUGGCGGAGACAUAAGUGGUGGUGGCAUAGGAGCAGGUGCCGGCGGAAUUGGUGGAGAAGGCAGUCAAUUUGGUGGAAGACCUGGUUCCUUUGGUGGAGGAAGUGGUGUUUCUGGUGGAGACACCAGUCAAUUUGGUGGAGGACCUGGUUCUUUUGGUGGAGGAAGUGGAGUUUCUGGUGGAGACACCAGUCAAUUUAGUGGAGGAGCUGGUUCCUUUGGUGGAGGAAGUGGUGUUUCUGGUGGAGACACCGGGUCAUUUGGUGGAAUAAGCAGUUCAUUUGGUGGACAAGGGUCUCCAGACAGUGCUGGAUUUGGUGUUGAUUUACCCUCUGGUAACAACAAGACGCCGUUUGGAGAAAACUCUCUGGGUGAAUCCGAGAACACCUUCCGCCCAGCUUCCUCCCUGGGUGCUUCUCUUGGCUAUGGCAAUGAUGUCAAAAUUCGUGACACACAAGCUGCAACACAGUUGGUGAAGGAGCACAAAAAGGCAGAUGUUAAUGUCAUUUCUUGAGACGUUUCCCACUUUCUUCUUAUCUAGCACAAUUUAUCACCUAAUACUCUGACUUUUUUUGGGUCAUUUCUUGUUAUGCCUUUUAUCAUAGUGAUGUUCUUGUGAGUAAACUAUGCCAUCAAUAUUUAAUAAUUACAGUAUAUUUUUAUGAUUUAGCACAGCGAGAAGAUAUGGAAGCAUUAACUAUACAGUCUAAAUUAUUGCACUGAAAUACCUGCUAGUUUUAUACUCUUUCUUAAGAUGAAAUUUUGCACCAUUUUUCCUUUAAAACUCUACCAAGUUA